CAAAAUGCCACAGGAUUUGGAAGACAAACUUUAGGUAGCAUACCUAAGCACAACACAAACUAAAAGUUGUGCUUUCACAUGUAUUUGGGGGUGAUGGCAGGUCAUCAAAUGGGUUGGGGUAUAAUAGAAGAGGAGGGUUGGAGAAAGGGUCCUUGGACUGCCGAGGAAGAUAGGUUGCUUAUAGAAUAUGUAAGGGUUCAUGGUGAAGGGAGAUGGAAUUCUGUUGCUAGGCUUGCAGGACUGAAAAGGAAUGGAAAGAGCUGCAGAUUGAGGUGGGUGAAUUAUCUGAGGCCAGACCUUAAGAGGGGGCAGAUAACUCCUAAUGAAGAGAGCAUAAUUGUAGAGCUACAUGCUAGGUGGGGGAACAGAUGGUCAACAAUUGCAAGAAGCUUGCCUGGUAGGACUGACAAUGAGAUCAAGAACUACUGGAGAACCCAUUUCAAGAAGAAGGCAAAAGUGCCUUCUGAUGCCUCCGAGAAGGCGAAAACUCGUCUACUAAGGAGGCAGCAGUUUCACCAGCAGCAGCAACAGCAGCAGCAGCAGCAGCAACAACAACAACAACAGCAAUUGCAGCUGAUUAAUCAAGCAGAGGUGAAAAGAAUCAUGGCCUUUUUGGAUGAAAACGAAAAUAACAAAAUCUCAUCCUGGCCUCAAGUGAAGCAAGACAUGGACACUUCUUCUGCUGCAUACCCUCACAACACAGCCGAUCACCAGGAGCAAGGCUUCUUCUAUUCAAUGCUCAAUGGCAAUGUGUAUGUGCCUGAAGACUCCAGCAAUGAGGACAGUUUUCUGUGGGAUGGUUUGUGGAACUUGGAUGAUGUCCAUGGAAAUUUUGGCACAGCAGCAGGCAAAGCUAGCUUCCACAACUUGGUGGUUCCUUUCUGUUAAUUAAAAUUCGGGCAGCUUUUUUGAUUUUGUUUAGUGUAAUAUUUACUAGCUUGUAUCACCAAAAUGAUCCAAGGCUCUCUCUCUCUCUCUCAAAGUGGAGUGGAAUUUGGGUUGCAAAAGAUAUGCAAUCCAGGCUUAAUUAGCUAUUUAUUUUCCAAUAAAUUGUCGACCACUUUAAUUUGUAUGAGAAUUGUAAUCAAUGGAAAGUUGUUCUUGGAAAUCAAAAUUUCUUGUUAGUUUUGAAGCAUAGA